GACCGGACCUCCCCUGGUGGCCGGGAGUACUGCAUGGACUUCAAGGCUGGGAGGUGCUCCCGGGGCAGCGCGUGCCGCUUCUCCCACGGUGACGCGGACGGCGGCGGCGGCGGCGGCCGCGAUCGCGGUGACGACCGCGGCGGCGGCGGCGGCCGUGACCGGAGCAGGGGCGACCGUCGCUCUCGGAGCAGGGGCCGCGACCGCGGGCGCGGCGAGCGUCGCCGCCGGUGCGACAGCCGCGACGACCGCCGCGGAGGAGGCGCAGCCCCAGCGACCUGUCGGACUCGAGGGACCGCGGCCGCGGCAGGCGGCGGCGCCGGCACUGAUCGCAGGUGGCGGUCUCGCGGCCGGGGUGGACUCGUGGGCAGCCCUGAACCGCGGCGGGCUGCGCUUGGGGCCGCCCGCGCGGCGGCGGUGGGGGCGCUGCACGGCGGGUCGGCUGGCCGAGAGUCCGAGGGCG